ACCCGAGGGCUCUGCAGUUACAUAAGGCUCUGCUGGGAGCCUAUAUAAAGCCUUUUUGCACGCCAGCAAGAGACAGAAUUUUAUCAAGAUCCAGGUCCCAGUGCUUUAGUUCGCACAAGCAGGAGGAGAUUUGCUUGAAGAUAGACCGAAACCUGAACCCGGGCUGGUUUGUUUGCUAGCCAGGACUUCACAGCUGUCAACCUGAGUCGCAAGUAGCAGCUACUGUAAGUAGCUUCUGUGCACUAUGAAGAAUUUUUCAUUUCCUAUGCAGGAUAGCACACAUCAGACCGAGAGCCCUUCUCCUCACAGAUUCCUGAGUUUGACAAAUCAGUCAGAUCCUGUUGGAAGACCAGAAAGAGAUGAGCAAUUAGCUCAAGUAGAGAUUGCUGUACUGGGGGUCAUAUUUCUGACAGCGUCUGUGGGCAAUUUUAUUCUCAUACUGGUGCUGUGGCGAAGAAGAAAGAAGCUCUCUAGGAUGUAUGUAUUCAUGCUUCACCUCAGCAUCGCUGACUUAGUGGUAGCCUUUUUUCAAGUGCUGCCUCAACUCAUAUGGGAUAUUACAGACGUUUUCAUAGGGCCAGAUUUCUUGUGCAGAAUUAUCAAGUAUCUACAAUUGCUGGGCAUGUUUGCCUCUACUUAUAUGAUAGUGGUCAUGACAGUGGACAGAUAUCAAGCAGUUUGCUACCCUAUGGUUACUUUCCAAAAGAAGAGAGCUCUCUGGAACAUCCCCAUUUGCACCAGCUGGUCUAUAUCACUGAUUCUUAGCCUACCACAGGUAUUUAUCUUUUCUAAGACUGAAAUAUCUCCAGGUAUCUUUGAGUGUUGGGGUGAAUUUAUUCAGCCGUGGGGCCCUAGGGCAUAUGUGACUUGGAUUUUUGUAGUUAUAUUCUUCAUUCCCUCAGCCAUCCUUAUCACGUGCCAGGUUAAAAUUUGCAAAAUAAUCAAAAGAAAUAUAUAUGUGAAAAAACAGAAUGAAUACGAAGUAACAAAUCAGAAGCAAGCCCUGCCAUCCCGAGCCAGCAGUGUGAACUGUAUUUCAAAGGCUAUGAUCAAGACUGUAAAAAUGACAGUGGUGACAGUUGUUGCGUAUGUUCUCUGUUGGUCACCUUUCUUCAUUGCACAGCUGUGGUCUGUGUGGUUCCCCAGUGUCGUGACUGAAGGUUCAGCAUUCACCAUUAUCAUGCUCCUUGGCAAUUUAAAUAGCUGCACCAACCCGUGGAUUUACAUGUAUUUUUGUGGCCACAUUCCAUAUUGCACAAAUAAGCAGCUGGAGAACACCUCGGCUCAAGAGGAAUCGGUGAUCACGGGGAGCAUUCAUCUCGUAGACAGAGACCCUGAGGAAAACAGUACUUCUGCGUAAAUGUUGAAUGCUUUUUGUUGUUUUUUUUAACAUUUGCUGUGUUUGCAAGAUGUAUUGGUAUUUUACCGCCGUCCCUUGUUUUGCGGAGAAGGAAGCUGGAGAAGUGUCUUUUGUUGUAGAAAUAUAUUUCUCUGCAGUUCUGUAAAUAUACAGGAAGUUUCUGCAUUGUGCAAGCCUGCCUCGGCACUUCCAUCAUCACUGUGGUAUCAGAAUGAAUUCUUGUAAAGACUGACAAAUAUACAUAAAAGUGUCUUAGAUAUUUUGCGUCUUAACGUACUUUUUUCUCUGUGAUUCUAAGGAUUCUAAGUAGUAAUAUUUUACACCUAACUGGUCCAACAAAUUGAAAAAUAAUUGGAAAGGAAUCUGACAUAAUUAGGCUUGAAUAUGAGUUCAAAUUGAACCAUGAAUUGUUCAUCAUUCUGGUGUGAUUGGGGGACAGUUUGCCAAAUCUUGAGAAAGCAGCACAAAAUCAGAAGAAUCCAUUGCCAGCUGUUAUUAAUACCUGUUUCAAAUUAACUCCUUAUGUACUUUCAUAAAAUGCCUAGCAGCUUUUGAAAAAUACAAUUUUUCAAAAAAGAAUUCAAUGUCUUAGUGCCACUGGACACCCACUUCAGUUUGAAAUGCCAGUUUCGUCGUGGAUGGCAGAUGGUCAUCGGCAGAGUGGCAGUCCAGGUUUGUGGCUUCACACCACGGGAUUUGAUCUUCCCUGAUGUGCAAGCAGUUAACUGAAACUCCCCAGACGUACACGCGUAUGUAUACAUACUUUAAAUAAAAAUAGGCACCGGGGAUGUCUGCUUUCGUUUGGUAUUCAGACCUAUUUUUUCCAGCAUGCAAUUUAUUAGCAGAGUGUGCUCAGAACCCCUUCAGGUUCAAAUUCAAUUAAUACCCCUUCAUGGUAAAAAUAAAUCUGCAUAUCUUUAUCUAAAAAUGACAUUUGCUUGCUUGUUUGUGGGUGGUUUAUGCAGGUAGCUAUUUAUUCCCCUUUCAGUGUCUGCGAUCUAAUCAGAGUAUGGAAGGAAUACCAGGAAGACUCUUUUCAGGUGAGAAUAGAGCUGCUCACAGAGAUUCUUGGUGAUACUUGCAUAUCAUCUGCCUACAUUAUACUACGUUCCAUCAGUGCUAUUCACAUUUCAUUUUCAUGAGUGCUAGCAAUCUCAAAUUUCAAUGCAAAAGCUAUAAAAGUGGGAUUUUUUUAAUAGUCUUUAAAUUGUACUCAAAGAAAUAUUAUUUUAACUAAAUACUGAUUGAAUUGUGAGAAGUGCUGCUGUACAACAAAUAGUUACACUUCGGGUAAAUGUGUGCUGAUAUGACUGAAUAUUCUAUCACUUCAAUUUCCUGUACAGUUAGAGCAGAUAGAGGUACAAAAAAACUAUUGCUCUUCUUUAUGAUGGGAAAAGCUAAUGUCCCAGUCCAACUGGCAAGAACAGGUCUCCAGCAAGUAGGAAGAGGAAGAAGGUGGAUGAAGAUAGUACCAGAACCAGACAAGACUGGGAAGAGUCUGUAGGAAGUCUCUUAUUAUAAUUGCAAUUGUUACUUUUUUCUUGCUUCUUUUUUUUUUUCCUCUCUGUAAUUAAUGGUUGUUAGUUCUACCCCACAACAUGUCCCCAGUUAGAGCAAUUCUGUAACUCAGGUGACAGCCUCCAUAUCUGGGGUAUGAACAUCCAAGGUAUAAUCUCUGCUAUUGAUAGGAUAGUUGUUGUAUUCAGCCACUGACUUCCUAAGACUCAUUCUAAUUAGCUCUCAGUUAGGUUCUCCCUUAUGACUUAAUCCAAUGGUUAACUGGUUAAUGGUGGGUUGGGUUUUUUUUAUUUGUUUUUCUACCUACUUUGAUUGCAGUUAGUUACAUAGCAAAAUAUGCAGUGCUGAAGGAAACUGUAAAUAGAAAUGCUUCAAGGAAUUACCUGUGUCAUUGUACUACUGGAUUUGCAGCAAAAUACAUUGAAUGCCUCAAAAGGUAUACAUUUGCAAGGAACAGGCAUUGAAAUUGCAUGCAAAUAACCAUCCAGAUCCAGAAAUGACAUAAGUCACGGUACUGCUUAGAGACCACAGUGGACUUGUACCAUUUCACACCACCUGGUCUGGCCUGUGCUAUUUAAAAAGUAUAACUUCUUCUACUCACAUUUCUGCAUUGCUCUUAUACUUGUUACUGGCUCUGUAAAUAAUUUGGUGGAGCUUGAUUUCUCAAAUAACAGUAGCCCAAUGUGUUCUGUAAAAGCCUACAGCAAUAUUAACUGUCCAUAUUUCAGAUAUUUUGAUCAUGUAGUGAAUGAAUGAGAUGUCAGAACUUCUUAAGUUGAAUAAUGAAUGCUCACUGUCUAUCAUGUUCAAAACAAUGAUAUAUGCAUCUCUCAAGUGCUAUCUUUCUGAUUUUUUAAUUUUCUUUCCCCUGAGAUCAGUUCUGCUGUUAAAAAGAGAAAUAAAGGUUAUUGCACUAUGGUGUCAAACUGCAGGCCAUGGGCAUUUAGUUUCAGUCCAUCAGGAAGCAUUUGAAUGGCAGGUAUUCCUGCUUCUUUUUUUUUUUUUUCUAGUAAAGUGGACAGGGCUGCGUUUUCCAGAUGUAAGUCAUUUUCCCUCCUGGCCUGCCCUGCCUGCCCCAUGGGCAGCACUGACUUCUGACAAACACACUCGAUGCAGAAUUUGAUUCUGGUCCAC